ACACUCAAACUCACUCAAACUCAGUCGUAUCAAACAGAAACAGUCAAACUCAGUCCAAACACCCUCCGAUCUGAGCUCUACCUCGCCUCCUGCGCUUUUCCCGAGUCAGCGGCUGCGUUGAGCAAGUCAGGGCUCCGGAUUCGGGGGACCGUGCCAUCCAACUCGUCGUCGCCUGGAGGAGAACAAGUCAAUGAUGAUAGAGAUUAGUGACGGUGGAGAAGAGAAGGAGGUCAAUAACGGCGGCGACGAUGGUUAUUUGAUUUGAUUUAGCUGGGGAAUGAAGAGUUGAGUCGCCUUGAUUUUUGUGAGAUUAACUUGCAAUCUGGAUAUGGAUAAAGCGUCUUCCGAAUGCCCUUACCCAGGAUGCUUCUUUUGUGUGAUGAAGGAAGGGAAUCCAAGUAAGCGACGAGCAAGUAUCCUCAAGUUCUUUAGAGACCUUCCUACACAGGAUGAUAAUGGUCAGGUUCUUCCUAUCAGUGGCCUUUGGAACACCGCCAUGGCACAUCCAAAUGACCCUGAGUUCAUCGAGCUUGGUAUUUUUGAGUGUAUGGCUUCACUUAUAUGGAAGGGUCUAAAGAAUCGUCGCUGGCUUUCUCAUGACCAGAAUAUAUACAUUCCUUAUUAUGCAGCUCACAUAAUUGGUUCAUACACUAUGAACAUGGAAGAAUUUGCAGAAAGUUCUGUUCAUGCCGGGGUAAUUGCUCCCUUAGUUGAACUUUUGAGAGGAAGGCUAACGUGGGUUGAACAGAGAGUGGCUGUCCGAGCUUUAGGCCACUUGGCUACCUAUGCCAGCACUUUUCCAGCUGUAGCAAGUCAUGGUGAAAUUCUUGAGCUUUCCAUUCAACUUGGAAUGAGCUCACUUGAGAUUGUCUAUUCACAUUUCUACCAGUACGUUGACCGAAGGUUAAGCUAUCACUGUGAUCUGCUCACUCGUGGCAUGGGAGGUGUUGAAAUGGAGUCCAGAAAGGCUGAAGAAUGGGCAAGUCAGUUGCAAUGCUGGUCUCUCCAGCUCAUUAACUGCUUUGCUUUCAAACCGGAGUUUCUUCCAACCAUAUGCAAGACCGAGUUCUUAACAAAGCUACCUGGCAUGUGGGGUGGGCUUGUCAAUGAAAACUCACCAGCCGGUAUUGGUUUAUUAAGAACGAUCUGUCAUCAUAAGCUGGGUAGAGGACCUGUAGCUAGCUGUCCUGGUAUUAUCGAAGCAUUGUGUAAUAUUGCUCGAUCGUCAGAUGAUUGGCAGUAUAUGGCUAUUGACUGCCUUCUCUGGUUACUUCAAGACCCUAGUACAUGUCAUAAGGUCAUUGAUAAGGCUGUACCUGCACUUGUUGACCUUGCGGAGAUAACAACUCUGGGUGAUAACAAGAAACUCGGAGAUUCCAUUGUCAAUGUUCUUCAGGAAUGUAUCCAGUCACAAGGGACUGGACGUAACUCUUUCAGUAGCAGAACCAAAGAAAUGAUUGAAGAACUGUUGAAUUCCAGACAGAGAUUGAAAUGGGAAAAGAAUAUGCCAAAAGAGGAUCUCCAUAUUAAACAGGCAGCAGCACUUGUUGUCAAGCUUGAAGGAAAUUCCCUGUUCUCAUCAGGAAAUAUAUCUGGAGCUGCAUCAAAAUACUCAGAAGCAUUGACAUUGUGUCCAAUGAGAUCGAAAAAGGAGAGAGUUGUUCUUUACAGUAAUCGGGCUCAGUGUUUUCUUUUGUUGCAACAGCCCUUGGCUGCCAUUAGUGAUGCUACACGUGCACUUUGUCUUCACAGCCCACUAAAUCGUCAUGCCAAAAGUCUCUGGAGAAGAGCUCAGGCUUAUGACAUGCUUGGGUUUGCAAAAGAGAGUCUGUUAGAUGCCAUUCUUUUCAUAAACGAGUGCUCUCAGUCAAAUGAUCCUGAUCUCUCAUUGAGGCAAAAUAAGGUUCCUGACUAUGCCGAACGAUUGGUUAAAAAGCAGAUGCGUGCAGCUUGGUUAUUUAGAGAGGCAGCGAUCAAACAUGGGGGUGUGCAUUGUGAGGGUGAUGCUGGUGACAUAUAUGGCCGGGAGAGUGAUGAUUCUGAAUGGGAGACAGCAAGUGAGAGCGAUAUAGGAAAUGAUGGAAGGGAUGCAAUGGGCAAUGACGACGACGACGAUGAUAGUGAAUGGAAGAAUGAGGACGAGAGGAAAGACAAAUAUGAUAAAUCUUCAGUUAAAGACCUAAAGCAUGGAUACAAUGUGCAGCUUGCGGAAGAUGAACCGUGAAUUUGGGUGCAGUGAGAACCUAUCAAAACACAAGCACUCAACAACAAUGACAGAAUGAACAGAACCAUGGAUGAAGCUUUUGAAUCCAGUCAUAUACUCGUAUCAAUCCAGAUUCAACAGUAAUUUUCUUGCCUCUGUCCAAUGUGCAUACCGAGAAAGGAACUAUUCUUCGGUCAAUUGUGUGAAAGAUUCAAUUAUGUUGGUUUGUGUCAUUGCGUGUGAAUUCUUACUCUUCCUCUCUCCUUUUGAUUUAUUUUCUUUUUAUAUUAUGUAAAAUUUCAACUGUGUAGAAAGAAAUUGAGAUUAUUAAGUGUAGAGGAUACAGUUGAGUCUAGAAAGUGUGGAUUGAGCUUGAAUUUUGAGUGAUUUAAGAGGGGUGUGUAGUGCGUUGUGAAUAUAGAACUCUGCGGUUUUGUGGACUUUGAACUACUAUUUGUCAAAAUUUGAAUGGUAAAUGUAAUUUUCUUCUGCU